AUGAACCAGAUACGCAAAUGGGGUUGCCACUUCGACGGUCGCGACCCUCUGUCGUUCUUGGAGCGCGUAACGGAAUUACAAGAAGAAUAUCAGUACACCGACAGCCAGAUGAAGGCCGGACUGCCAGAAUUAUUGAAGGGGGAUGCCCUGGCAUGGUAUCGAAAUGAGCGAGAGGCCUGGGAAACAUGGGCCGACUUUACCAGCGCCCUGCGACGACACUAUCUGCCACGGCGAUACCAAGCCAAACUGAUGCGCGAAAUACAAGAGCGACGACAACAACCUAACGAGGCAUACGCCAAAUACGCGACCGUCCUGCUUACGAUGAUGCGGCGCGCCGGGGGUUUUACCCAGGCAGAAAAGGUAGACCGCCUAUACGAGAACCUGCAGGCGGAAUACAAAUUAUACGUGCGCAUGAGCGACGGACCUUGCCGACCUGGUCGACCAGGCUGCCGAAUUCGAAGAUAUCUCCAGGGCCCGGGAGAGUGA